CAAAUACAGAAAAAGAAGAUAUUAAACUGAAGCACAACAAUAACAAAUGAGCGCCCUCUUUCGCAGUCUGAGCAAUUUUUCGACAAAGCGCGAGAAUGUCGUCAAAGAAGCGUUGAUAAACACACUGAACGAAAAUGCCAGAGAAAUCGAGUUUGAAGUUAAGCAAAAAGGAUUGGAGGUGCUGGGCUUGUGUGAACAGACGAGCGCCUUGUGCACUACAUUGGAGGCCGUGUUCCUGCACGGGUUGAAGGACUCGUUUCUGUGGGCCACCAUCAAUGUUAUUGCUGGCGAUGUGGAACGGCGGCCGGAGCCGAGCUUCUGGUCGCCGGCUAUGGUGUUUAUGCACAAGCAGGUGAUCGAGCAGAUUCAAUGCCUAAGUCAGAUAACGUCCGAGAUUGGGCAGUGCCGGGCCUGGGUGCGGCAGUCGCUCAACGACUCGGUCUUCUCGGCAUAUUUGAACAACAUGCGCAAGAAUGGGUCGGCUUUGCGGCCGUACUAUAAAAAGGACGCGCUGCUUAAGGAUAGCGAAGGCUUGGAGACAGCGGCAAAGAUUAUGGAGAGCCUGGAGGCCUAUGUGUCAUUCGAUUUGCCCGUCAACUCAAGUCUGUUGAAUCAAUGGCCUGACUAUGCGCUGCAGCUGUCUGAUCUGUGGACGCCGGCGCUCAAGUCCUGUCCGAUUAGCAGCGGCGUGGAUGUGGUCAGCUCGUUGGCUACGGAAAUUGUGGCUAUUCCUACACCGCAGCCACUUCACACCAAUGAGCUCUUCUCGGAGUCCAUUUCGAAUAGUCCAUUCAGUCGCGGGGGUCACUUCGGGAACCCAGAUCUGAACCAACAAGAGAUUCUGGAUUUGUUCAUGCAAAAAGUCGACGAGAUGGAUAUUAUUAAGGAAGAGCGAUCGCCCACUUUGGAGGAGACACAGGAAGCAGAUAUAGCCGCAACCGAGGCUGAGCCCGAAGCCAGCAGCAGUACUCAGCGAGUUCGAAAGCGUUCCAUUCGUCACAUCGAGGAGUCUUUCGCUGAGUUGCCGCAGGGCAGCAAUUCUUUGACGAAUCUAAUGCAGACCUCUUGGUCUGCCGAUCUAGAUGCUCACUCACCGACAGAGGAGUCUGUAACACGGUUUUUUCAGCGCUCUGUCAGCAUGAGCAGCGCCACAAGCCUGCGCUCACCUAACACGGAUCGCUGCAGCUACAAUGCACUGCUGCGAAAACACGAGAGCAACCGCGAGGAUGGUGCUGGCUGGUCGCAGAUCUGGCAAAAGUUUUGCGCCAGCGCCUCAACGCUGAAUGUGGCACAACUGCAACAGCAACGCGAGCCUGAACCGGCCGUCACAGAUGACAUGAGCGACCUGCAUUCCCUUGACACCAAUUCGGAUUUCGAGCUGAUCCACUCCAACUUUGACAUGGCCGAGCUGAAGCAAAUGGUUUCCCAAUUAUGUCAGCUGCCCCGCGAGCCAGGACUCAAUGCGCAGGGCUUUCUGUGCAAGGGGUGUCAGUAUCCUUUGGGUAUUGGCGACAACAACUUUCAAGUUUGUGCCUUUAGUGGCAGUUACUAUUGCAACACCUGCAUGGACUCGGAGGCUCAACUCAUUCCGGCACGCAUCAUCUACAACUGGGAUUUUCGCAAGUACAGCGUCAGCAAGCACGCGGCGUUAUUUUUGGCCGAGUACCGUUCCCAGCCGUUUUUAGACAUGCAGCUACUCAAUCCCAGCAUUUACUUUGCCUCCGAUGCCAUGGCCGAGCUGCAGUCACUUCGCAUUCGCUUGAACUUCAUACGUGCCUAUCUAUACACCUGUGCGCCGACUAGCAUUGAGUUGCUGCAAAAUCAUUUCUGUGGCCGGGCGUAUCUAUACGAGCAUAUUCACCAAUACUCCAUAGCAGAUUUGGCAUUAAUACAACGAGGAGCGCUUUGCCAGCAGCUGCAAAAGGCCUUCAAACUGGGCGAGGCACAUGUACUCAAGUGCCGGCUAUGCCACCUGAAGGGUUUCAUCUGUGAAAUCUGUCAGAGUCCACGAGUGCUCUAUCCGUUCCACAUUGCAACCACAUUUCGGUGCGUUUCGUGCGGUGCUGUUUUUCACGCCGAAUGCCUCAACGAGCACCAGCCAUGUCCUAAAUGUGAGCGUCGACGUAAACGCGAGGAUCAGCCUCUGCAGGAGGCGGUGCAGGAUCUAAAGCUCAAGCAUAAAACCUCAUAGGCAGCCAUUUAGUUUGUAAGCUACAAUAGGAGAUUGCUCAGCGUCCCCAAAUACCAUAUAUAUAUAUUCAUUUGUAUUUAAAGUUUAAUAAAGCUUAUUAUUGUUAUAGUUUGGUUGGCCGUUCGCUGUUGCACUGCUGGCAAAAACGAUAUUAUUUUAACUACACUCUAGCCUAUAUACAUAUGUAAAUAUGCGCUUGUUGUUAAUAUAUAAGAAAAUCAAGAAAAUCCGCAUUUAAGCUAGAGAUUGAGCUACCAUCCCGAUAAAAUGCUUACAUCAAAAGAUAUAUUGGCCGGCAGGCGUAUGUAAUUCACAACGAGUUCAAGUAGCUGCUACUUUAUAACGCAUGCAAUGC